AUGACUUUUGCAGGCCUCAAUGGCUCAUCACUAGCUAGAGCCCGCAUUUGUCUCAUAGUUGCCCCUGCUUUCCUCUUAUACGGCUACAAUCAGUCCAACAUCGGUGGAGUGCUAGAUUAUCCAUCAUUCAUCAAGCAUUUCCCACCGAUAGAUACGAGUUACACCACAGGUUCUGUCAAGAACCACAAUGCAACCAUUCAGGGAACAGUGGUCGCCAUCUACACCAUCGGAUGCCUCAUCGGUGCCCUCUCAAUCACCCAGCUCGGGAACCGGAUCGGACGACGGAAAUCCCUCAUUACCGUUGCUGCAGUAGCCACUAUCGGUCUGGUCAUUCAAGCUACGUCCUGCCACAUAGCCCAGCUUUUCGUUGGCCGCAUCAUCUCCGGAAUCGGCACUGGUGGAGUGAACGCCGUAGUGCCAGUCUGGCAAAGCGAGUGCACGAAACCCAAGAGCCGAGGGAAGAAUGUCGUGGUCAUCGGCGUGUUCAUCGCCUCAGGAGUCGCGAUCGCCAGCUGGGUGAACGUCGGUCUCUCUUUUAUAGAAGGGAAUGAGGUAUCCUGGCGCCUCCCUCUGGCUCUGCCAAUCGUGUUCACUCUGCUACUCAUGGCAUUUACCAUGUCUUUUCCCGAAUCCCCCCGCUGGCUCAUCAGCAAAGGUCUCAAGACAGAAGCCCGCGUUGCUAUGCACGCACUAUCCGACAAUCACACAGUCAGCUACGAAGCGAUCGACGCAGAAAUUGAGACCAUUUACCUCGCUCUCCGCGAAUCCUCUACAUCAGAAUACGGCUUCGCCAACUUCUUCAAACGGGGACCUCAACGCCUUUUCUACCGUCUAUGCCUUGCCAUCGCCGUCAACUUCAGCGCCCAAAUGACGGGAGCCAACGUAAUAACCUACUACGGAAAAAUUAUCUUCCAAGAAUCCCUCGGCCUCGAAGCAGAGAAAGCAGCCAUCCUCAGCGCCGGUGUCCUAACAUGGAAGAUCUUCGCCGCUUUCUCAGCCUACCUAUCCGUAGACCGUUGCGGCCGCAAGCCACUCUUCAUCAUCUCCGCGUUAGGAAUGGGGACAUCCAUGGCCGGACUAACGGGGACAGUCUGGGCUAUUGAUAAUCGUUACACGUAUGGCGCGAGUAUCUCUGCAACGUUCUUUCUCUUUUUCUACAUGUCUUUCUUCCCGCUUGGGUUCUUGGCUGCGAAUUUCUUGUAUGCGGCGGAAAUUGCACCCCAGGAGCUGAGGAUCCAUUUGGCUGCGAUUGGAACGGCAACGCAUUGGCUGUUUAAUUUUGUUAUCGCGGAAAUUACACCCGUUGCGUUUGCCACCAUCAGGUGGAGAUAUUAUAUUGUCUAUGCGGUGGUUGGGUUUGGCGUUGCUUUGAUGGUUUAUUUCUGGUUCCCCGAGACCAAGGGUCGCUCGUUGGAGGAGAUGGAUCGGCUAUUUGAGGAUCCGGGGCGUUGGUGGGAGGUUACUGCAUAUGCGAGAGGGAUGGAAGGAAUGGAUAUGGGGCAGGUGGAUAGAGAGGAUGUGAAGAUGAGCACGAGUCAUAUUGAGAAGGCUUAG